AAAAUCAAAGCCAUCUGCAAAGUCGCGCGCGACGCCGGCUACAAGCUCGUCUGGAUCGAUUCCGCGUGCAUCGACAAGUCGAGCAGUGCCGAGCUUGCGGAAGCGAUCAACUCCAUGUUCGAGCUCUAUCGCCUCGCAGACGUCUGUUAUGUCUACCUUGUCGAUGUGCCGGACAGCAAAGAAGACCCUGAGCACCACACAUCUAUGUUUCAGCACAGUCGAUGGCACGGUCGCGGAUGGACGCUACAGGAGCUCCUCGCACCCAAAGAGGUCGUGUUCUUGACCGCUUCGUGGACCUUUCUGGGCACAAAAUGCAGUCUGGUACACGCUUUGACUUUAGCUACCAAUAUCGACAGCAAUAUACUCCUCGGCAGAGCUCCUCUCUCCAGCGCCAGCGUUGCACGAGGGAUGUCAUGGGCAGCAUCUCGGGAGACCACACGCAUCGAGGAUGAGGCGUACUCGCUACUUGGCAUCUUCGGUGUCCAUAUGUCGCCGAUAUAUGGCGAAGGCCGCAACGCGUUCCUCCGCCUCCAGGAGGAGAUCAUCAAGACCAUCCCUGAUCAGUCUAUCUUUGCCUGG